CAGCCGCAGCAGCCACAGCCACCCGUCGUCGUUCCCGCGGCGCCGCCUCCCGAGCCGCGCUCCCCGCCGCCCUCCGCGCUGCCCGGCCGAGCCGGCGCGUCCGCCCGCCGCCGGCGCCCCCGGUCGUCCUCCGGCUCGCCCUCGGCCUUCCGCGCCCGCCGCAGCCGCAGCUCCCGCCGCGGCUCGAUCCCCGCCGGCUCGAUCUCCUCCGGGCCCGAUCCCCGCGCCGUCGCCCUGGAGGUGGGGAUGCUCUUGUCUAAAAUCAACUCGCUAGCCCACCUGCGUGCCGCGCCCUGCAGCGACCUGCACGCGACCAAGCUGGCGCCUGGCAAAGAGAAGGAGCCGCUGGAGUCGCAGUACCAGGUGGGCCCGCUCCUGGGCAGCGGCGGCUUCGGCUCCGUCUACUCCGGCAUCCGAGUCGCCGACAACUUGCCGGUGGCCAUCAAACACGUGGAGAAGGACCGGAUCUCCGACUGGGGGGAGCUG